UUGAUUGCUGAGAUAGGCGGGGUUGUUGGAUGUUGCGGUUGAUUGCUCUGUAUUCUUUUGGUCCUCGUGAUCGUCACCUUUUUUUAGGUCGCUGAUCAACGUCAACGGUUAUUUUUUGGAUAACGAGGAUAACAGCGUGACGCAGCAGAUUCACACACACACGCGCGCAUCAUGUCCGUGAGGUUAUGAGACAUCUGGCGACAUGGCGGGCUGGCUCCGGAUAGCUGCUCCCUCUUCGCUGCUUCAAGUCGGCUUGUUGUUGUUGCUGUUGAAGGCUCGGAGCAGCGGGAAGCCGUUCAAGAAAUGUGCCGGCGACGAGCCCUGUGUGUCCUCCAGACCUCCCGUCGUCAUCAUUCCCGGAGACCUGGGAAACCAGUUGGAGGCAAAGCUGGACAAACCCAGCGUGGUCCAUUACAUCUGCUACAAGAAGACGGACAGCUACUUCACUCUGUGGCUCAACCUGGAGCUGCUGGUCCCUGUAGCCAUUGACUGCUGGGUAGACAACAUCAGGUUGGUCUACAACAGCACCACACACACCACCUCCUUCCCGCCAGGCGUGGACGUUCGCGUCCCAGGAAAUUUUGGACAGACGUCCCCUCUGGAGUAUCUGGACCCCAGCAGAGACAGUGUGGGAAUGUAUUUUUUUAUCAUAGUGCAGACACUGGUAGACAAGGGCUACACCAGAGACGAUGAUGUCAGAGGGGCUCCAUACGAUUGGAGGAAAGCUCCCAACGAGAACAAACAGUAUUUCCUGGAUCUGCAGAAUAUGAUUGAAGACAUGGCGAAAAAGGCAGGCGGGCCCGUGGUGCUGAUCGCUCACAGUAUGGGCAACCUGUACACCUUGUACUUCCUUAACCAGCAGCCUCAGGCCUGGAAAGACAAGUACAUCAAGUCCUUCAUUGCCAUAGGACCGCCGUGGGCUGGGGUGGCCAAGACCCUCCGUGUGGUCAUCUCUGGUGACAAUGACCGCAUCCCUGUCAUAAGCCCAUUGAAGAUGCGCUCCCAGCAACGUACUGCAGUCUCUACCUCCUGGCUGUUCCCCUACGUUCACACCUGGCCCAAAGAUCAGGUCCUGGUGCAGACACCCACCGCCAACUACACUGUGCUGGACUACCAGCAGCUCUACUCAGAUCUGGAUUUUAAGGACGGCUGGCUGAUGAGGCAGGACACGGAGUCGCUAAUAUUCGACCUCACACCCCCCGGCGUGGAGGUCCACUGCCUGUACGGCACCGGCAUUAAUACGUCCGAGUCCUUUGUGUACUCUGACAAGUUCCCCAAUGUGGAGCCUAAGGUGGUGUAUGGGGACGGGGACGGCACGGUGAACCUGCGAAGCGCCAUCCAGUGCGGGCGAUGGAUAGGAAAGCAGAAGCAGCCCGUGACUUUAAAGGAGCUGCCAGGCUGUGAACACGUCACAAUGUUGUUGAACGUGACCACUGUGAAUUACAUCCUGUCUGUGCUGGACUCGCCCUGAUGCUGGCUGACCCUGAGUCCCAGUCGUCUCCCCUGUAUGUGCCACAUUGCAAUUGUACAACAUAGGUCAGGUUGUUUACACUUGAGCAAACCCAAAAACAGUGACUGUUAUAUUAAUCUCAGAUUUUAUAAAACCCAGGAUUUUACCUGCUAAAGCCGCAUUACUAUAAUAAAUGAUGUGUAUGUGCAAGAGAUAAGCCAGGGAUCUAUUCUAUGUGCCACUUUCUUUGUUCUUAUUAUAUCUAUAAGUCUUUUAUUGCUGUAAAAAGAGAUUUUGAGUGAACGAAUGUGUUUGACUCUAGUGUUUCUAAGCUUAAUAGUGUUAAGUUCUGUAUUAUGUGAGGUGAUAAUGGACUUUAACCAAACCUGGGACAUGGAUAUUUACUUUAAUUGCUGGUUCAACAAUAAAAUUAACUUCAUACAAAGACUUUUGUAAAUUUUAUCUUUUAAAAUUCAACACACUCUUCACUUCUUAUGAUUUAAUGUAUGUAUUCUACUUUACCCAGGUUUGGCUCAACACACUAGCUGCCUACACAAGCUGAAAUUACACAGGCUGCUUAAUCAGCAGUAGACCUGAGUGAUGGCGCAUCCAGCUCUCACGCUACUCACAUCUUCGUCGAUUAUAUGCUUGUGCAUCAGAAACAUGUUGCCUUCUACUGAAUAAAGUACUUCAUGACAUUCA